AAGACGCACGGGCAGGCUGCCUACCUGCCCCAAGAGUAGCUCUCAGGAACCAGACCGCUCCGGCUUUUUUUGCUGAAUCUUUUUUCUUUCUUUUUUUUUUGCGUUUGUUACACUUGUUUUUAUUUAUAAGGUUUUUCUUUGCAAAGUGAAAGUGGUGAGACCAUUUCAGUGAAUGUGAAAAACUACAGUGUUGAAGCGAAAGUAAAAGCUUCUUAUUUCAUCUUGGAUUUUUUCUUGAACGGAUCCAUUAGUUUGGAGUUAAAAGUGAUCUUAGAUGGCAUUUUCAAUGGCAAAGUACCUGAUUAUGAAAGGAAAAAAGAAAAGGGAGUUUUUAAAGUUACAAAAUCUUUGAAAAAGAUAUAUUCACUAUUUAUAGCAGUACUGUAACCGAAAGACUUUUCAAGAAAAUAAAAAAAAAAUAUAUAGAAAACAUUACAGGAAAAUAGAAGAGUGACAACUGACACUAAAUCCUGAGUGUUUUCCCGAGGAAAAUUAAUGAAUGGGAAACUACGAAGAAAAUAUCAACAAGAAAAUGAUCUGGAACCUCGUAAAUACUCUUCUUCUGACCUGUUGGGCCAGUUUCCAAGUUCACGGACAAGACUUCGUGGGCGGAAUUGCGGCAAUUGGAACCAACGAAACCGCGACGGCAAGUAAUGUCGGUGCCCCUCGUACGGGUUGCAUUGACCUCAACCCUUCCUGCUCCGGCUGGGGCGCCCGAGGAGAGUGCCAGUCGAACCCUCCUUUCAUGCUCGUCAACUGUCCCGCGACGUGCAACUCAUGCUUACCUCAAGCGAAGGAAAGUUGCGUAAACAUAGGAGAUGAAUUGUCCUGCGAGCUCUCCGCAUCGCUAGGACUCUGCCUCGUCAAUCCUUCAUACAAUCUGCGAUUCUGCGCAGGUUCCUGUAAGGAGUUCAUCGACAUCUGCAAAGAACAGUCCGACGUACGAGAUACAUCCAGCUGUACCAGCUUGAGGACUAUUACAGAUCCUGAAUUUGAGUGUGGCGUCAUCCCAUCGCCCAGCCGCAGGGGAUUGGCGCCCAGAAGAAAUUUCAUUUACGAAAUGAUUCGAAGUCCAAGAAGACUAUCGUCUCCCGAUCCCGACCAGUGGAGCCCAUCGCAAUAUCUUACAGGUUCCACCAAGCCCCGAAGGCAACGCCCGAGGAAACCAGCAGCGAAAAGAAAACAUAAGCUCAACGGGAUUAAAAAGCGAAGACGCAAGACGAACAGAAACGAGGGGACUGGAGGGAAUCGUCAACAAGUCACAAUUCCUUGUGAAUGUGAAUUAGUAAAUGGAGAUUGUCCAUGCCCAAACGGAAAUACAUCCUCUACUACGACGACGACUUCUACGACUACUACUACGACGACGACCUCUACGACGACGACCUCUACAAUGACGACCUCUACGACGACGACCUCUACAAUGACGACCUCUACGACGACGACCUCUACGACGUCGACCCCUACGACGACUUCUACCGAGAGCAACUGCGGCACCAUCGUCAGGACCAACACUCAGACGGAAAUCACCGUGAUGGAACCCUCUGACUGGCUUCCCAUCUUGAUUCCAGUUGCUGCCGUGGUGGCUCCGGCUGUGGCCAUCCCGCUGGGGGUUGGGAUUCCAGUGGGAAUAGCGGCAGCUCCUCCACCUCCACCACCACCACCACCACCUCCUCCUCCUCCUCCUCCUCCUCCUCCUCCCCCUCCUCCUCCUCCUCCUCCUCCUCCUCCUCCUCCUCCUCCUCCUCCUCCUCCUCCUCCUCAACAGGAGAAUAACUUCGAAAGUGCUGCCAGGGCUUUGGUACCCAACUGUGAUCAUUAUGGAUACAAAAGAUUAAGGCGAGAUUUAGAUGACCUAAUAUACCAACAUACAGGAAGACCCUUGAACCCUAAAGUAAUCGAGCUACUUAAUGCUAUAAACUACUGCAGGUAUGGGUCAGCAGAGAGGCCAAAUGCUUUAGCUGCUCAGUAUGCACUUGGAGGGGGUCCGGCGGAUGUGGAACCUCCCAAAUAUUGGCCUGGAUUUAGUUAUCCAGCAUUAUUCAUUCAUAACGGGCCCGAGGACGACAACAGUGGCUUCCCAGUAACUCCAGCUCCUGGAUCCAGCAAUCUUCCAUCUAUUCUUCCUCCUCUUCCUGUAACCGUUGCUUCUGCUGGGUCUCCUCUUCUACCAGAUGAGAGAGAAAAACCUUUGGUAUCACCUGUACCUGGUGUAUUACCUACUACUGAAAGCCCGACAGGGAUAUUCACGCCUCCUGAAGGCCCUAUAGUGAUAGUCGCUCCUCCUGACAGCCCCUCGGUAACCAUAGCACCCCCAGAAGAUUCUUCAGUGAUUGUACCACCUUCAGGAAGACCUGCAGUGACGGAAGUAGCUCCUAAAGGGCCUGCAGUGACAGCGACAGCUCCCCUAGGAUCCUGCAAGAUUGCAGGACAGCGACAGCUCCCUAGGGUAUCUUGCAAUGUGACGGAAGCAGCUCCCGAAGGUCCUGCUGUGACUGAGGCAGCUACUGAAGGUCCUGCAGUGAUAGAAACACCCCCAGGAGCCCCUGGUGUAGCAGGAACCCCUGGUGUAGCAGGAGCCCCUGGAGAUGCAGGAACCCUUGGCCUGGUCCCGGCAGCUGUUGGUUCAACUGAUGGAGAAGAAAACAUUAAUGACAGAGACAAAUUCUUUUGCGGAGGAGCACUUAUAACCAACACGCACAUCCUCACAGCUGCACACUGCCUCGUCACCAUAAGGCCAUCCGUCAUCCGUCUCGGGGAGAGAGAUUUCACCAGAACCACAGAGAGCAAAGCUAUUGACUACGAAGUCAGGAAAAUCACUAUACAUCCCGACUAUGACCCCAGAUACAGAUACAAUGACCUUGCGGUAAUUGAGCUCGAGAGCGAAGUGGCUUUCACACCUCUCAUCCGACCUUACUGCCUGCCUUCCUCAAAACAAUUCCUAGACGGCCUCUCCUGCACCGUAUCCGGAUGGGGAACUCGUCCUAACGAACUAGCGUCGACGCUCCUGCUAAAUGUAGAGGUCACUGUGAGAUCCUUGGACGAAUGUAAUGCUUUGUACGAGGAGGCUCAAGACCUUUUCACGGAGGAGUACCCGAAUAAGUUAGACGACUCUCUCCUGUGCGCUGGUGGGGGUAUCGGAAGAGAUGUUUGUCGGGGUGAUUCGGGCGGCCCGCUGGUGUACGAAGGCGGAGAUGGGCGCAGCCAGGAAGUGGGCGUGGUCAGCAGCGGUCUUGGAUGUGGUGACCCCCGAUACCCGGGCAUCUAUUCCCGCACGGACGCCUUCCUGGCAUGGAUAGAUUCUGUCGUGUACGGCGUCUGUGCCCGGGUAUUGACGGUCCCUUAGAUUCGUCUGCACAGUCGUUAAUUUUUCUUUUCCUUUCCUAUACGUACAGGGCUCUCCUUAAUUAUUAGUGUAUUUAUUUAUUAAUUAAUUUAUUUAUGCAUUUAUUUAUUCAUCUACUUAUUUAUAAAUACCCUACCAUUAAUUUUGUUGAAGGUGUUUUUAUAGAAAACAUCUGCCUCGUUAUUUCAAAUCUUUUUAUAAAUAGUCACAAAUAUAUCUAUAUACACGAACACACACACAUACACGUACAAACAGAAAAAAAUUGUUAGUUACAGUCAACUGUAACAUCAUUGUGAUGCGUUAUAUUCCGCAAUAUGUGCAUGCAGUAUAAUGGCGCCCAUAUCCAAAAAGUGUUUGCUUGCAUGCCUAUGCCUUUAUAU